AGCUCUCAUGCUGUGGACGUCAGCCCCUCCAAACCCAUCCCUCUCCACGAUAGAGACAUUACUGAAGCAAUGUUCGCUGAUUAUGGUGCAUUCCCAAGUCUGUCCCUUAUGGAUGAAGACCCUAUCACAAUACAGAGAGCACGCUCUAUCCACUACAUCCAAAAGGCGCUGAAUUUGGCAAGAGAAAAACUGUUGAACAUCAAGAGGAAGUACAAGUUCUCUGAUAUAGUCACCGAGUACCACGAGGCAGAUACGGUGAUGGAGUUCGACUGGGACGUGUUCAGACUAAAGCGACCUCUCCAGCCUCAGCGUGUGAAGAGGAAGAUCAUUCCUACCUGCUCCCUCUCAGACGGGGACCUGAGGAUCCAUGUUGCCAUCAACAAUGCCCAGGGUCUGCCUGUUCGCCAGGAGGCUUUCCUCAAGGAGAUCCACGCAAGAGGCUCCUGCUGUGGUCUGUCCAGCAGCAGCAGACACACCAUGAAAAGCAGCUCGGAAAAGGCUGUCGUACAGGUAAAAUGGUAG